GGAGAAGUCCUAGAAUUUUUUUACAAACAAAAGAAAAAAAAGUCUAUAAUGAUUGAUGUCUGUGCAAAGUGAUAGUGCCGUUUUACAAACCUGAUAUACGUGUAUUACUAUUGCUGUGUAUCUAUCUAUCCGUAUAUUUGCCGUAUAACACCCAAAAUUAAAUGCUAGGAUAUUGAGAGAGGAAAGAAAUUUGGAAAAUAAAGAAAAACUAUUACAUAAAUAACAAAAACACACACAAGAACAAGCAGUAACCAUCACACACACACACACAACAAAGGAAACAGUGGGUGAAGAAAGAAAACCCAGAAUCUAGAACCAACAAAACCAGUUCAACCCUCUAUCAUUCCCAUACCAUAAAUAAAUAACAAAAAUAACACGUUUUUAUAUUUAUCUCAGCUAUACCUUUUUUUUUUUUUUAAUAUUUAUUUUUCAUUUUAUUCAUUCAUCCCGCGAAUGAAAUAGAGAUCUUGUUCUCUUGCAAUGCCCACUUUGUAGUGGACAAGUUCAUAAUAAUCUCUUCUCACUAAUUUUCCUUUCGUUCUUCCAAUUUCCAAUCCCACGUUCACGCUUCGAAUCAGAGCUUCUUUUCCCCCUUUUCAUCGAUACCUAUUAUUGCUUUGCUUAGGGUUUCAUUGGAUCGUAACUAUAUAGUUGCUGAAUUUGGAAUUUCGGACUGAUAAGGGUUUUGAAUCAAAGCAAAGAAGGUUGCGUGAAAUGGGCACAAGCUCCGAUCUCUUUAGAGGUUCGAAUUGUGGAUUUGGAAAUUCAGUGCUUGAGAAUUUGUACUUGGAGAUUCUUUAUUCUUAAGAUGCUAUUUAACAUUGCUGCUUAUAUGAGCAUGGAAGAGGAUUGUUUAUAUUAAUUCUGUUUAUACAGUGAUCAACACUUUCAGAACCAAUUUUAGACACACUGCAAAGGCUUGGUUUUUUCAUCUUUGUUGGGAAAUGAUUGUGGUUUUGGGCCAUCACUAAAAAGGAAAAUCUGAUAGAGGAUAUGAUAUGAGCUUAAUAUAUUACUGUAAAGAUCUUAAUCCUAAGAAAAUACUUAACGGGGUUGUGUUGAAUUGAAUCAUUUAGAUUUGUAAUACUAGUUAGUUAGUUUGAUUGAGUGGUUGUUGUGUUCAACGCUGAUUUUGAAUCAAAUUUCAGUAAUAUUAGUUUCGGCUAUUUGCAUAUUUGGUGAAAGGAAGUAAACCCUAGUGGUUUCUAUGAUUUGUGUUUGUAGUGAGUAAGAAGCUUAUGGAGGAAUAUUAAAGCUUGAAAUGAAUGCAGUGACAUGGUGCAUGGACAGGAGAAUAGUUGCCGGUUCGAUCCCUUUCUGGAACAGUGCUACUGGAAAGUGAUUGAAGCAUUCUCAGUUUUGCAGAGAAGAUACACUCGGCAUAUCUGGAUUUUGUGCAAUGUCGCGUUGUUUUCCAUUUCCACCUCCAGGAUAUGAAAAGAAAUCUAGAACUGAUGAUGUGGAUUUACUGAAAAAGGAAAGGCACAGAGAAAAAAAACAUAAAAAAGAGAAAAAGGACAAAGCGAAGAAGGAAAGUAAGGAAAAGGGGGAGAAGGAAGGAAGGGAUGGAAAGCAUAAGGAUAAAAAGGACAAAAAAGAAAGGAAGAAAGAAAAAAAGAAAGAUAAAGAUAAAGAUAAGGACAAGGACAAGGGUAAAGAUAAAAGUAAAAUCAGUGCUGCAAACGAGAAAGGAUUUCCAACACAAGCCCAGGGUCUCAAUGGCAUUAAUCUACAUCAAAAGGAAAUCAAACAAAAUGAUACAAAGGAUAUCUUGUUUGAUGAUAGACUUACCAAACAGUAUGCCAGUAACAAUGGAGAGAUGGCCAGAGCGAAUAAUCAUCUGGUUGAAGAGAACAAGGACUCUAAAUUCCGCAUGGAGUUGGACAGGAGGAUUAGAGACAAUGAUGGAAGAGCUGGGAAUCAAUUGGUUCAAAAGUUUACCAUCGCAGACUGUAGAAAGGAUGAAGGGACUGUUAGGGUGGUUGCUAAGAGUAGUAGCACUGGCACUGGCACCUGGCCCGAUGGCAAGGAGAAGUUCCAGGGUAAAGGUGUUGAUGCUACGAAGAUUGAUGGGAGAGAAAUCUGGGCUGAAGCCCAACCAAUUGGAAAUGCAGCAGUACAGAAUCAUGCUGGAAAUUGUUAUCCUAGGGUCAAUGAAAAGCCCAGACCUUUGGAGAAGAUUUUUGUCAAAACUUUGGAAGGAACAGUUGAAGGAACAGAAAGGGUUAAGGAAAAAAAAGAUGAUAGGCGGGGAGAUAAAAAGAAAGAUGAUAAGCGGGGAGAUAAAAAGAAAGAUGAUAAACGAGGAGAUAAAAGAAAAGGAAACGAGAAGGAGAAGAAAGGGCAUGGGAAGGACAAAGACAGGGAUAAAAAGAAAAAAAAGGAGGAUAAAGCAAAGGAGAAAAUUGAGCAUAGAAAUGGAGAGCAGAAUAAAUUAAAAGAAAGCAACAAAGCUGGCCUAAUAGGCUUAAAUUCUUCUGCACAAGUAUCCAAGCACAGCCAUGAAAAUUCUAUCAUCGGGGAAAAUCUUAAUAAACAGAAGGAAAUUGAUUCAAAUGGAGUUCUACAUGGUGAGUACCAUAAUAAAAAUCUCAAUAAACGGAAGGAAAUUGAUUCAAAUGGAUUUCUACAUGGUGAGUGCCAUACUAAACAGAAGGAAAUCGAUUCAAAUGGAUUUCUACAUGCCAAUGAAAGUAGGCCCAGUAAGUUGCCAAGGCCCUCUUCCUCUCAUCCUUUCACUGAAAAUGGAAGGAUCUUGGAACCUUGCCAAAUUUCCCUUCAAAAUGCUUCAGAUGGGCCAGUAGCCGCCACUAAUGUUAAGGUAGAAAACAUGGAACGCAAGACAAAUGGCAUCAUUGAAGCUCCAACACCUGCUGUUUCUCCAAAAAAGAUUCCCACCGCUCCCAAGCCAGCUGAUCCAGUGACUAAAAUAUCUACGACUAAAAUAUCUACAAAACCACCUCAUCCAGAUACCAAGUACAUAAGUGAGGUAUAUUCUGUACCAAAAGCAAAUGAGUGGUCUGAUUUUGAUGACCAAGAGUGGCUGUUUGGCAGCAAUCAUUCGCAAGAAAGAAAACCUUUGGUGAAAUCUUCAGAGGUCGUGGAUACACUGCAGGUAUGGGCAGAAGUUGUGCAUAUAGAGCCUGCAGAUGUUUUUGCUCUGCCAUACGUCAUUCCAUAUUGAUUGAUAAUUUUUGUGGCACACAUUACUUCAAAAAUAUCUGCACGAAUUACCGUCUGUUGUUGGCUCAUCUAUUUGGGAGGAACAGCAGACUCUGGGCUAGAAAUUGAUUCCACACCUGACAAUGCAUUCUUUUAUCAUUUGCGCUCUAACUCGCUGUGAUCGCAAGGUAUGCUUAGAUGGGUACUUAUGUCUGACUGACUGCCUUGAUCUUGAACUGUUCGGAAGGGAAACAAUGCAGAAGUGAUUGCAUGGCUGGUGCAUUGCUGCAAGGCCAGGUUGAGAGUGCAGUUCUCACUCCACACACAAUAGUAAUAAUUCAUUUACAAAGUAGACCUCAUAAAGGUAGCCACAGGUUGUGGAGAAAGGAUGUACAAGAUUGUGCAACUUUGGUUUUCUUCCUUAAAAAAAAUUAUUUUUGCCUAGAGUUGAGCCUGGGCAGCUAGCUUUUUUCUAAUUGAGAAUGAGAAUUUGAGAAAAAUUAGAUAUGGCUUAUGCAACUCCACCACAAUUUUGAUUUGUAACAUAGAACUUUUAUUUUAAAAAUUAUGUAUGAUAGAGAGGGGAAAAAGUAGUAGUCAGAUUCAUUUAUUUAGCUCUGUAAACUUGGUUUUGCACUAGUGCUUGCUUUCCGAAAAGGCAAGGUUGAGUUGAAAUUAUUUCAAGGGAUGGUUGACUUGUUUCUCGA